AUGUACGCCGAUGAUGUCUCGUUCCUUUCAAAGCAUAGAGCAAACUCAGAGAAUAGUGACGCCUACUACGUUCCAAGUCUCCGUUUCCCAAUUCGAUUAGCGUGGGCCGUGUUGAACGAGGUGGACGUAGCGACGGGUGGCGGUCGGCGCAUGCCAAUGUGGAUCCUCUACGGGUGUUUUGUUGUCACGUUCUUUUAUUUGUUGACCGUCACCAAUAUCUUCGAAACAAACAAAAGUGUGUACGAGUUUAUUCGGAAGACAUCACAAGGAAAAUACCCACGACAUAGUAAUGAGCAGGCAUCAGGUCAUGAAGGAACCAACGAGACGAUAUAUUCGACGCAGGACAUCUUCGAUACCUGUCCAUUUGUGCCACCAGAUCCAUGGGAUCCGGAAAUUCUCAAUUAUAUCGACGUCAAAUAUGGAUUCUUCAAUAACUGCAACGUAAACCAAAAGUGGUCACCUAUCACUGAAUUACGUAAUGGACAUGUUCGAGUACUGCGAGCUGGCAGUUCACGGAAGUACGAAUGUCGUGCGAGGUGUGUGAAUUACUUGGACGAGGAACAUGUGGCGUUUGAUCCAUGGCGAGACAUCAACGAUCUGCCGCCGUUCCUCUGCGACUUCGUUCAUACCGAGUGCACGUCAAGGAAGAGAACCAUCUCACAUGUACAUAUGCAGAUAGCUGAGCUGAGUACGAAAUCAGUUCAUGCUACCAGACACCCUCAUGUGCAUAUCAUUCUGUUGGAUUCGGUCGCCUCGUCACAAGCUAUCAGGGCCCUUCCAAGAACUGUGAACUUUCUGACAAAUGCUAUGGACGCGGUUCAAUUUCGGAAGUUGAAUAAAGUUGGCUACAACAGUCGACCGAAUGGUUUUGUUAUGCUUUUUGGAAAAACAACUGAGGCAGUGACGCGUGAACUGGUCGACGGCGACCUGAUACCGGCAGACUGGACAUACUCAACGUACUGUCGCAAGUACCUCAACGAAUCGAUCUACAUCCCAAUUCAGUAUAGAAACGCUGGCUACAAGACAUUCGGUGCUCAAGACUACUCAGCCAGUCUGCUCAACUUCCCGAACUGUGUAGGACUGGAAAAUCGAGAAUUCCAACACACCUACAGGUAUCUUCUGUAG